UGCUCUCCAUCAACACAUUCUCAACAUUGCUGCUACUGUCCACACAACUAACUUAUCAGAUCCUUGGAUCACUUUUUAUUUAAUUUUUCACCGAUAAUAAGCGCCUCGAUUACCUGCCGAUAUGAGCAGAUUCGUCCUGAUGUCAUCGACGCUGCUGCUGCUGCUGUGUUACUGGGUCACUUUGAGUCAGAGCAGUCCGGUAAGGUGCUGUACCAAGUAUUCAUCGCAGCCUUUACCUGUUCACCGGCUGAAAGACUUCACUCGACAGGACAGCACCAUGACCUGCAACAUAGAGGCUGUCAUAUUUACUACGGUAAAGGACAGACUGAUCUGUGCUAACCCUGAUGAUCUAUGGGUUCAGAAAGCCAUGUCACAUAUCCAGGAGAAAAAAAGGAAGUCAGCAUAAUGUGGACACCAUCAAAUCGGUCUAAAGUUGCCUUAAAUUGAA